CUCGAUGUAUCGCACAGUCGAUAUAGUAGUGCGAUGUAAUGGAAUACAUGUUUGAUGCUGCAGAAAUUAUAAUGCGGCACACAUACAAACACAACUUAAAACUUGAGUAAGGUUCUUUAUAUUAAAAACAAUUUUGUCACGUAAGGAUUCCAACACGAAAGAUGCAUUCUCUCAGAAGACUGUCCAAUUCAUUUGCUCGAACAUUGAGAGACAAUGUACCAAUCCUAACCUCACAGCCGGCUGCAAAUAUAAAUAUUGAUACGAAUAAAGAAAAAACAGUAUUGGUAAAUCAAAUUGGUAAGGUGACUACAAUUGGCAUUAAUCGUCCAGAGAAGCGAAACUGUUUGGACGCCGGAACCGCACAAUUACUAUCAGAAACGUUGGAUGAAUUUGAGAAUAACGAAGAGACAUCGGUGGGAGUAUUGUAUGGAGUAGGCGGCAACUUUUGUGCUGGUUACGAUCUCAAAGAAAUUGCAGACUAUGAUGGAGAGAAUGAAGAAAGUUUAGCGCAUUUCGGGCCAUUGGCAAACAGAGUUGAAUUGUCCAAGAAACCGUUGGUAGCUUCUUUGAACGGAUACACAAUUGGUAUCGGAUUUGAACUUGCGUUAAUGUGUGAUUUGAGAGUGAUAGAGGAGACAGCAACGGUGGGCUUCUUAAACAGGCGUUUUGGCAUCCCGAUUUUAUCCGGAGGUACCGUUCGUUUGCCUGCUUUGAUUGGAUAUUCCAGAGCUAUGGAUCUCAUACUGACAGGAAGAAUAGCUACCGCAGAGGAAGCAUUCAAUUGGGGAAUUGCACAUAGAUACACGUCCUGUGGUGCAGCUCUGGGCACAGCGAUGACUCUGGCGACUUCUCUCGUGAAAUUUUCGCAAAAGUGUUUGCUAGCGGAUCGCAUCUCGGCACACUUUGCCACGUUCUCGGCGAAGCAAAUGGACGAGGCACUGCAAUUUGAGAAAGAUAACGCGUCACAUUUAAUAUUGGAGGAAGGUGUUUCGGGCGCCAAGAAAUUUAUUGAUCACGAAAUAGGGAGACAUGGUAAGUUUUAUGAUAUCACGAUUCAAGAGAAGAAUAUUAAGGAACUAGAUGAGAGUUUAUUAUAAAAAGUUUCUGUUUUUGUACUAUACAUUUACGUCUUUCCUAAUAAAAAACCAGCAUAAAAUGUUAAUUUCUAUAUAAA